GAGACGCCGGCUCGGUCCUGCUGCUGCUGCUACCCGUCGCGCCGCUUCGCCAAACCACCGCCGAAGUUCCACAGAAUCUCUGAGUGCUUGCGAAUCUUGGAUCGAUCUGUUCUCCACCGGAAUCCUACUGAGAAGCCGCCGACAAGCUCAAGCUCAACGCGAACAUGAGUGCCGCCAAGAAACAAAAGACAAAAAAUGGAAGUCGAGCAACGAAGAAGAAGAGGGACGAAGAGAGUGAUGACGACUUCGAUGAUUUCGAGGACCAACAGACAGCGCCGAGCCCAGCGUCUUCGGGUGGAGGCGACCAGCCGGAUCUCGAAGAAGGAGCAGCUGCACCGACCGAGGAUGAGCUCCAAAAACAUCUGGGUGAACCGGGCCGCUUGAUCCUCGCUGGCUGCGUUUCUUGGGAUAGUACUGGGAAGAGCAGUAAAAACAAAAUCUCGAUGCCUUUCAACUGCCUGUGGUCGCCAAUGCGCUUCGGGCCUUGCGCCGACAAGAAAGUUUGCAAAGUUAUAACUGGACGGCAGUCGUGUCACACCGUCUUGAUCACCAAUGAAGGCAAGGCCUGGGUUUUCGGGAGGAAUACCAAUGGUCAGUUGGGAACCUGCGAUACCAAAGCUCGGAACAUUCCCGUCAUCGUCGACACUCUCAAAGAGUCCACAGUGAUCAACGCCGCGAUGGGGAAGAACCACACUCUCUUCCUCACCAUCAAUGGCACUGUUUUCGGAUGCGGCGAGAACAAAUGCGGACAGGUAGGAGUCGGCCACACCCAGCCGAACAUCCUCGUUCCCACCAGGAUAAACAUGAAAGGACGUAAGGUCGUAAAACUCGACUGUGGAAACGAGUUUUCGAUGAUGGUCGACAGCAACGGCCAACUAUUCGGAUGUGGUUCUCCAGAAUACGGUCAGCUUGGUAAUAAUACCGACGGUCAAUACUUCAUCACCAGUAGCAAACUUGCGUUCAACUACGUCACGAGCCCAAAACGAGUUCCGUUGUUCGUUGAGAAGGACAAAGAUAAUCGCGCAACUCCCAUUCACGACGUAUCGGUAGUCGAUCUUUCCUGUGGUAUCAACCAUACUGCCGUCAUCGAUUCGAACCGACGCGUGUUCACCUGGGGAUUCGGAGGCUACGGUCGUCUUGGGCACGCGUCGCAAGCUGACGAGAAAGUCCCUCGUCUUCUGCGCGGUUUCGAAGGACCACAGAAAGGCGCUGCGAGAAUUUGGUGUGGGGGCUCAUGCACCUUUGUCUUGAACCAUCUCAAUAUCCUAUACAUGGCUGGGAAAAUCCACACUGGAGCCAGCCGGGAAGCGAACAUGUAUCCCCAGGUCGUCCAAGAUCUCUCCGGCUGGACGGUCACCGAUAUGAGCGUAUCAUGCCAUGCGGUCGCCAUCGCUGCGGAUAACAAUCUUGUGGUACAAGGUGGUGGUAAAACGUACGGUGAAUUGGCUCUCGGCGAAGGACGAAAAUCUUCGGCCAAUUACGAUACGGUCAAAACUCUUGAGGGCAUCAAGGUGAAACAAGUUGCCACUGGACUGGGCCACCUGGCUCUUCUAGCCAUCGAUGAAAACGAGGAAAUGACAGCUAAAAUCAACAAACUUGGCCAGUGGACACCGAAAUGCGCCUAACAACUUCCUCUUGGCACUGUCGCGUGAUUUGAGAAAAACACGCUCGACCGAUGACGAUGUGUCUACCUGAAGCUAUCAAUUGUGCGAGGCGGUCGACCGGAACGUUGAUUCGUCGCAGGACAUACAGCUUUUUUUAUAUACAGAAGUGGAACGAUUUCCUAUAGGCAUCAAACAGCCACCUCUCUCUGAAUCGUCUAAAUGUUACGCUUUCACAUCGGCCGACCGAGGAGAAAUUCAGUGGGCAACAGAAAAACUCCCCCGGAAAUUUGGGAGCUGCUGGGCCAAUCAGCUUUCUUUCAGCCUAGAGAGAACCAUUCGGCACAUUCCAACUGCCGCGACACUCUGUGAUUCUCGCCUGCAGCGGCUGGUUCAUCGGGGUGGUGUGUCAAGGAUAAUUUUACCAAAAACAACGUUUUUCGCGAGCUCAGAGUGUCUGUACACUAUAUAUUUUACUCAUAACGUAAGCAUACUUACUCUCCGUGUUCAUUCUCACCGAUCGAGUAUCCGAUUGUACUUCCAAGAUCCGAUAGAGCUUGGUCGAACCAAUGAAACCUCCCUACAAUCGGUAUAUCACUUAUAUACAUAUUGUAGAAGCGAUGCUUGUCGUCGGAACAUCGACAGAGAUCUCCGGUCGGAUUGAUUCCACGAACUGCGGAUGAGGAUAGGUAGUCUUUUGAAGACCAGAAUAAACUCUUUAACUUUG